AUGCAAACCUUCAAGUCCCUCAUCCCCCUUCUCCUGACUGCCAGUCUUGCAGUCAACGCAGAGACAACCUCCUGCGUUACCUCAACCAAGACCUUUCCAACCCUCACCUCCAUCAUCGUUGAACCGACCAGCACCUGGUCCGGCAACGGCACAGGUGGUGGUCCUCAUACCGUGUAUACCACUGAGUAUCAUGAGUUCUGCUCCACUGGUCUGCGUCUGCACACGUACACCAUCACUGAGGCUUGCCACAAGGAAACGUGUCAGCCUCGCACUACUGGUGUUCCGCCUGGUUUUACCUCAACUGUUACUGUUUGUAACUCUUGUGGUGAGAAGCCUAUCACUGCGACGCUUACUGUUCCGUGCCCUGAGGCUACACCUACCAAGGGCCCUAGCAAGCCCGAGCACUGUGAGACAUGCCAUGGUCAGGGUGAGCCUUCUGGCGAGCCUCCGGUCGAGCCACAACCUGUUUCAUCUGCCCCUGCUGUGAAGCCAGUCCCCACGGCUCCUCAUCCAGGAGAAUGCACCACGUGCGGACCCAAGCCCCCAUCUGCUGCUCCUCCUCAACCUCCCAAGCCAACCAAUCCUGGCGAGGACAAGCCAGAGCACCCUAACUCUCCUGCAUGCACUACUUGCGGUGCUCGAGGAGAAGCUCCUCAACCCCCUGCAUCCCUGGCAACCUCUGUCGUCCCCGGCCUCUCUGGAGAGAAGCCAGCUACUAGCCCUACCAGCCCUGCUCCCGGAGAACCAUCUGCUAUCACUGCUGGCGCUGCCAAGUCUUCGUAUGUUGAGUUGGGUCUCCUUGGAGUCUUUGGUUUUGGUUUGAUUCUGUUGGGAGUUCAUCUUUAG